AUGGAUCGAAACAAUCAAAACAACAAUUUACCUGAUUUUUUUGGUGGUACCUAUGAAAAUUUUCAAGCUUCACUUUACAAAUCAUUCCUAAAUUUUAACACACAACGAAACAAUGAACUACCCACAGCCGAUCUUUCCUUUUAUCGAGCUAUUGAUCCAAGAAUUUCCAGUAGAUUGAAUAAUCUCGCUGACAAAGUACUGGUCAGAAUCAAUCACUUGCUUCAAAGUGCAGAUCUUGCAGGAUUUGAUGGUGUUGGUGAAAUUACCGAAAUAGAUGAAUUCGAUAGUUGGAAUAAAGACAUAAUCUCUUUAACAGAUUCUUUGAUAGAUGCAACAAACUCUUGUCUAGAUGAAUUUACAGGACGAACUAAAAAAAUUGCUGCUCCAUCUGUUCAAUCCACGCCAGUAGUUGCAAAAGUUAUGAAUUCAAGAGAUAAACCCGGUUCCAGUAUUGUUUACGUUAAUAAUAUUAGUCGACCACAAUUAAAAUUUAACAAAAAAGUAGAUAAUUCAGCUUCACCUUUUAUCCCCAAGCUUAUCGAAAAACCAAAUGCCACUGUACCACUAGUGACUUAUAAAGAAGAUGACGAUAUAACAAUGAUACGUCAUCCUUAUGAGUAUGAAAUCAAACAUCUAAAACUUCCUUCUCGCAUGUUUGAAAAGAGUACACCAAUACCUUUUAAGCCUGUCGAAACCACAAAUCGUAUUUGGGUCGAAUCUAAAGAAGAUUUAUUAGCGAUGUGCGAGAAAUUGGAAAAUUCAACAGAAAUAGCCGUGGAUCUUGAACAUCAUGAAUAUCGUUCAUAUCAAGGUUUUACUUGUCUAAUGCAAAUUAGUACAAGAGAUGAAGAUUUUAUAGUGGAUACUUUGGCUUUGAGAAGUGAAUUACAAAUUUUAAACAGGAGUUUUACAAAUCCAGAUAUUGUAAAGAUUUUCCAUGGAUCGGAUCUUGAUGUAUUAUGGUUACAAAAAGAUUUUGCAAUAUAUAUAGUGAAUUUAUUUGAUACAUAUCAUGCGUCAGUUUUAUUAGGGUUACCUCAACAUUCAUUGGCAUAUUUACUUAAAUUAUAUUGUAACGUUGAUUCUAAUAAACAAUAUCAAUUAGCAGAUUGGCGUAUAAGGCCUCUUCCGGUUGAGAUGCUUGAAUAUGCUCGUGCAGAUACACAUUAUUUAUUAUUCAUUUAUGAUACAAUGCGAAAUAAUUUAAUUGAUAAAUCAGAUCCCGAAACUUUAAAUUUAUUAAGAGUAGAAUUGGGAAGAUCUUCAGAAACAUCAUUAAAGACCUAUGAAAAAUUUGGAUACGAUGAAAAUGGCGAAGGACCAAAUGGUUAUAAAAGAUUGCUCGCUAAAUGGAAAACUACAUUUGAUACUCAACAGAUGGAAGUAUUCAAAGCAUUGCACGCAUGGAGAGAUCAUAUUGCUAGAGAAGAGGAUGAAAAGAGGAUGCCAGAUGAACCAAGAGAUUUGGUUGCAUGCUGUAGAACAGUAGUACCACCAAUUGUUCGAAUGAAUCUUAUUGAUUUAGCAAGAUUAAUAUCCGAUUCUAAAAGAAGUAAAGUUUUAUUAUCAAGCAUAUAUGAUCAACCAGCACAACCUAAUGAAAUAGACGAUCAAACUAAAAAAGAGUCAACGUUGAUGGAUGGAGUUGAAUUCAAUGAAGCAUCAAAAAUGAUAACAGACACAACAAGUAUGGAUGAGGAUUCGUCAAGUAAAGAUAUAAGUAAGCAUAUAUCGGAAAGAUCAAUAUUAUUUGGAAAUUAUCUUGACGAGGUUGAUAUACAAAAUGAAAAUAUGGAAUUAGUAAAAAGAAUAGAAUCAAGUUUUGAUUUUUCUUUACCAAUUCCAAAAAAAAUAACAUAUCCAAAUCAAUAA